GAACAAUUCAACUUCAAAGGCUUGGACGAAUUAUUCGAGCGCUACACUGAGAGAAUAAAUCAAGGAUACUUCUCAGUAUUUCUAAUACUGCAAUUUUUAUUCAGCGUGACCCAUUUCUCAAUUGUUUUCGGUGUAAACCUGGUCUCGCAAACCACCGAAUCCGUUCUUCCCGAUUUAAUACUUUACGGUAUCACGGGAUGUUUGUCCGUAGGAAUUCUGAUGAUGAACGAGCGAUAUUUGAAGCAUAAAUUUUACAUUGUAAGAUACGUCGGAUUUCUUAUGUUAAUUCUUGUGUACAUCUCCGAUUGGUCUGUGCCGGUAUAUGGUGUAUACAGGAAUGAUCCACAUCUGCGACCGGCCUACGUCACCCAUAUACUUAUUGUGAUAUUCUGUUUCCUGGGUAUUGCCAGUGAUUUGCUGGUAUGCACGCUUGGAUUGGUUGUGACGCUUACCCACUUGCUGACUCUGGCCUUCGUAACGUAUAGCGAUUACACCUACUUCUGGCAGAGACUUGGAUCAGACUGCAUAUUUUUGCUGUCCAUAAAUGUGAUUGGGCUUUACUACCGCUGGGCGAGCGAGUUGAACAAGCGAAGAGCCUUUUUGGAUCACAGAGCUUGCGUGGAAGCUACCUUGAAACUAACAUUCGACAAGGAACAAGAGGAGCACCUGAUGUUGAGCAUAAUUCCAAAGCAUACAAUAGAUAAGGUACGCAAGGAUAUUUUGCGCAAAAUUGAAAUCGUGGAACGGAUGGAGAAUAUUCCGCGCAGUGAUCCGAUGGAAAUACCGUACGUGCAAGAAUACGACAACGUAACCAUUUUAUACGCAGACAUUGUUAAUUAUACUGCCAUGACAACCAAGUUACCUGUAAUCAAGCUGGUUGAUGUUUUGAACGAGCUCUUCACUGGAUUUGAUGAUGCCUCUGAGCAAUUAAAUGUGUUGCGGAUUAAGUUUCUGGGAGAUUGUUACUACGGCGUGGCUGGCUUACCACCGAACCCAGCACCGAACCACGCCGAAGCUUGUGUGGAUUUGGCCUUGAAGAUGAUCUCAAUUAUUCGCACAGUCAGAGCAAAUAACGAAUUAGACAUUGAUAUGCGAAUCGGAAUACAUUCCGGAAAAAUCCUCAGCGGUCUCAUUGGCUUGGCUAAGUGGCAAUUCGAUAUAUGGUCAAGAGACGUACUAAUAGCGAACAAAAUGGAAACUACCAGCGAGGCUGGAAAAAUUCACAUAACAAGCGAAACUCGCGAUCUUCUCCCCAAGCACAAGUACAAGGUUGUCAAAACCGAUCGCGGAUCAACCAAUCCACUCUUGCAACCCUACAACGUCCAAACUUUCUUCAUAACCCCAAGAUCAGUCGAAAAUGGCCGGCCACACGAAGCGGAGCAGAAGAAGAAACUGAGCGUUAUUGGCGAGCAGGAGGCGAAGCCGAAUGGUAUCGUCAAAAGCGCGAGCACAUCUAACCUGUGCGACUUUGACGUAAAAAACGACGCCAUUUUUGAACAACGCAGAGAAUCUCUCCGCAACAACCAAACGCCCAUCGGUACCAUCAUAAACAGACGACCCAGUGGACACCCCAACGUCGGUCGACGUAUCACGCCAACCGACAUCAAGCGGCGUACCGCAUUCAUGGACAACAACAUUAACAGAUAUAAAAAACUACUACAGAAAACCAAGGAAAACAUGAAAGUCGCAAUUGAGGAAAUGCCGUUUACAAAGUUUGACCACUGGGAUCAUAUUCACCCCAUAAUCUUAACAUUUCGAAAUCUGAAGGCCGAGAAGAAAUACAUAAAUCUACCCGAUAAGCUAUUUAAGUAUUACAUAGUUGUGUACAUACUGCUAGUGUUGGUCACCAUUGUAAUUCAAAAUUUGACGCUUGCGAAUUGGGAAUGGCGACUGUGGUUUUACUAUGGUACUUUGUCGCUGGCGAUAUUUUUCUUGGUACCACUCACUUGGGCGAGCUCGCUGUUCAACAGGCGUUUGGAUAGGAAAUUUAAGCUGGUGAAUCUGGUUUCAAAGUUUCUUUGUUCCGCCUCCGCUUUUAUUACACAUAAUACGAUGGUGCGCAUCGGAAUAUACGUCGUAACGUGUGGUCUCUUCCUUUUUUGCGUUUUGGGCGAGCUUAGUGAAUGUGCAGAUGGCCGGAAAGAAUCCGUUGGGUACUUGCCUAAGGUUGCUCAUUACCACGAGAAGUUACACGACUAUUGCGUUAUACCAUGGCACAUGAGCCAGACCAUAUCGCUCACAAUUUUCGCGGGUUUCCUAUUUCUUCGCAUGUACAUAUGGCUAAAAGUGCUUUUUGCGUUAUCGGUGAGCAUCUUUUACGCACUCUCCGUAUGGAACAUUAAUCCAUCAUAUUAUGACGAUAGUGAAACGUUCAAUUACAUGAUACGUCCGCAAAUUGUCCACUUCAUGAGUUUGCUGUUUCUGACAUUCACCCUGCACUUGAUCGAUAGACAAAGUGAUUACUUGCACCGACUGGAUUUCCUAUGGACCGAACAGCUAGCUGUUGAACAAAUGGAGGUGAACACGAUGAAUAAAAUUACAAAGAUGUUGCUAACAAACAUUCUUCCCGUUCACGUGGCGAAACUCUACCUGGAUGUGAAACGGAACAACACCAACGUAAUUUACAACGAAGAAUACGACAAUGUGGCUGUGAUGUUUGCAUCUCUUGUCAAUUUACCGGUAGACAGCGUAUCUGACAAAUAUUUUCUUCAAAUAGUCAAUCGUAUCGUUAAGGAUUUCGACAGGGAGUUAUCGAACAAAGUGCGGCGCCCCAUAGAGAAAAUCAAAAUAUGCAAUCUAACGUAUAUGGCGGCUUGCGGGCUGGAAACCUGCAGAACAGAUCUGGUAAUCGACGACGCCCCCCAAGAAGACGUCGUGGUUUCACUUUUAAAAUUCGCAACCAACCUAAUCAAGGCGCUAAAGAAAAUUAACACGGAAACGUUGUCGGAGUGUCAACUGAAAAUAGGUAUCUCUAACGGAAAGGUUAUGGGUGGAGUGGUCGGCUCCAAGAAACCUCUGUACGACAUUUGGGGCGACACGGUUAACAUGGCGUCGAGAAUGGAUUCGACCGGUGUGCCGGGAAUGAUCCAGGUUACUCAGGAUACGGCGAAUACGCUGAGAGAAAAUGGGAUCGAGUGCCAAUUUAGAGACCUCGUCUUUGUGAAGGGGAAGGAGCAUAAAGUUCCCACUUAUUUUGUCUCUCUGAAUAAUGAUGACGAUUUAAUUUAUUAUGAUAGCACUAGGUUAUAGUCUAUUUUUACAGUAUUAUUGUGAAAUUUUUUAUUUUAUAUAAUGGAAUCGUGUGUUAAAUGCUCCAGAGUACUCGAUGAACGAGCUCCCUCUUUUCGCUCUUCCUUAGACAUUGAAACUCUAUACUGAUCUUUCAACUUCCAGUAUAGCUUCUACGUUUACACACAUCCUCCAACAGGCAUUUUUUGUGUGACCCUGUCUGAAGAAGUGAGUUUCUCGAAUUUUAGGCAUGGGUAAAAUUGCCUAUGUGCCGCUUUAUACGAAUAGUGAGCGCGCGUAGAUUUCGUUAUUACAUAACAAA